GUUCUGUGGUUCACAGUAGUUUAAACAUAACCUUAAUUUAUGAAACAUCACAUAAACAACAGUAAACAUGAAUUACUAGUUUUUAAAUAUUAAAUAGUAUAUAAUGAAUUCAAUUGUACCUAUAAUUAGUAUUAUAAUUCCCAUCCAUAAUGGAUCACAAUGGAUAAACCAAUGUUUUCAAUCAAUUUUCGACCAAACCGCUUUAAAAACUCUUAAAAUUGAAAUAUGUGUUUGCAACGACGCAAGUACAGAUGAUACUUUGCAUUUGCUGUCCUUGUGGAAAGUAAAAUUUAAUGAAAUUGGUGUUUAUUUAAAUAUAUUCAAUAAUCCUCAGGAAUGUGGAGGAGUGGGUUACUCUAAAAAUAAAGCAGUUAGUAUUAGUACUGGAAAAUAUUUGUGUUUUCAAGAUGUGGAUGAUGUAAUGUUACCCAAUAGAGUCUUAAAACAAUAUGAAACGGCAAUAUCACUACCAAACAACACGCUCAUUGGGUCUCGCUAUACAAGACACCCCAACAAUUCCACGGAGAGAUACACGAAAUGGGCCAACAGUUUAUCUGAAUUUGAGUUGCACACUCAAGUUUACACAUCUUUUGGUCCCACCAUUAUAAUGCCCACUUGGUUUUGCCACAGGGAGUUGUUUGAGCGUGUUGGGGGCUUUCAGGAAGUCAAAGAGGGUUGUCCUGAAGACCUCAUUUUCUUUUACAAGCAUUUGGAUAUGGGCGGAAAGGUUUAUAGGGUGGACGAGCCCCUUUUGGUUUACACCUAUCACUUGAAAGCCACCACGUUUUCAGUCAAGGAAAAGACUAUUUGGGACGUUCGUCUGGAACGCCUGCAAAGAGUCGUUUUGAGUCAGUGGGGCAGCUUUACCAUAUGGAAUGCUGGAAAACAAGGUCGACACUUUUAUAACUCACUGGAUGAACACAACCAGAAGAAAGUGGUAGCUUUGUGUGACGUGGACAAGAAUAAAAUUGGAAAAAAAUACGAGCCCUUCGAUGCAGUUGAUCGUAAAAUAGGACGACCAGUUCCAAUCAUCAGUUAUAAGGAGGCACAACCUCCUUUUGUUAUAUGUGUAAAAAUAGAUUUAACGAACGGUGAUUUCGAAAGUAAUUUGAAAUCCUUGAAUCUACAAGAAGGACGAGACUAUGUCUGGUUUAGUUGAUGUAAUGAUUGGCCAGAUAUUUUGUAAAUCGAUGGUGCUAUUUUAUUUUUAAACGCAUUUAUGUUAAGUUUAUAACAUCUAUAAAUAAACAAUAAAAUUAUU